CCACUUGCCAGACAGAAUACACCCCUGAUGCUCUGAGGGUGGCCCUAUUCCCACCCCCUAACCACCUCCCACUCUGACUUCCCAUCUUUUCUGUGAGUGAGGAGCCCAUGCCCCCCUUUUUUUCUAAGUGUUUCCUGGUGUAUUUCUUCCCCCCGUCUCCCCAACCCCCAUACCCAGGUGGAAGUUUUCAACCAAAUGAAAGGCAGGCAGGACUGGGGACGCUCAGCCUUCAUGGAGAAGAGCUGUCUGGAAAUUGUUACCCCGAGGUGGGCAGGCCUGGCAACCCGGGAGCCAGGGGCCCUAUGGGAAAGGGGCGUUUAGUUCCUCUCCGGAGUCAGCCUGUCUGUGUCUGCUGUGUCCCCUCCCCUGACCUCGUUUCCUUUCUCCUCCUCUGUUGGGAGUCUCCACCCUUCCCUGCGUAUCUGUGUUUCCUUUGGGGUCUUUGAUCCUCCUAAAAGUUCUGGUUGGGGUUCCCCUAACCCUCCACACGCCAUUGGCUGGGUUCAGAGUCGGCAGGUUCUGUUACCAGGGGCAACGGCCACAACAAGCGGCGGGGGGGGGGGGGGUUCUUGGCUUCCCAGAGAGGGUGAGGACCAUGGCAGGUCGGACCCUAGCUCUGCGAUAUGGGCCCCCUUGGUCCCCUAUUUCUGAAACUGAGGUGCUUGGAGCCUGGCCCAACUGGCAUCUCACCAGCAGCGGGGUCGCCCACCACAGGAUCCCACUGGCGCCCUUUCCUCCGCCUACUCUACAGUCUACGGUCAAGGAGCCCCUGCCUGCAGCCUCGAAACAGGACCCACACAUCUGGGCUUUCGACGAAGUCAUCAGCAGAUGGGAAACCACCUCAGGCUCAGCACACACACCCAAGUGGGGCAGUGGCCCCUGUGCUCAGCCCAAGGCACCAGAACAUGAGGAUCCCAGGCGGACACUAGGCAUCAAGUCUUUGGCAGAAAAGCUAAGAAGACAUGAAGGCCUGGGUGUCCCUCUGACCACAAAAUACCAGAUCAGUGAGACAAAAGCACAGUACAAGGACUGGCCAGAUCUGGAUCAGAGUGACCCCCUCUUGGCAGAGCCCCUAUCCCUGGAGCUCACUGACCACCAUCGAGGGGGACCUUCUCAGGCCCUAAUCCCCUGGACGAGGAACCCCAAGUUGGCUGGCCAACCCUUCACAGUGAACAAGAUGGGUGUCCUCGAUCGGCUCCAACCUUACAUGACCACUUCUGCACGGGACUUCUCAAGGAAGUUGUCUGGAUAUCCCUACCAGAAAUCGGAGAUUUGCCAGAGCUGGCCCAAGAAGGCAUCUCGCCGUGAGCUGAAAAGUUUACCCAGCGUACGCGCAGCCCGCGCAGGCCCAUCGCAACCGAUCGUGCCAUACUUGGGAGCCCUGCCUCUGACCCGGGAGUCCUACGGACCCCCGAUGCACCCGUUCUGUAGGAUGGACCGCAUUUGCCUAGUAGACGCACCCUGGGGAGGCCUCCACCGGAAUCCAGUGCCAGGCAUCUACAGUGUACCGAAGGCCUACUGCACUGAGAAUUCCCGCUAUGGGAGUGCCAGGAGGGAGCUGGUGUGAGCGUGUGAAGCCCACCCACAACGCAAACUCCAACAUUAGACUUGUGGGCAGGCCAACCCAGACACACCCCUUCCUCACAGAGGUUCCUCCAGGCGGAGUUUACUGAUCAAGAAGUUUUAUAGCUGAAACCACACCCAUUUUUGGACCCAAUCCAGGCAUCCUGAUUAGGGGGCUGGGCGAGGGGCGGCGCCCCACCUCUGGUUGUAUUUAAAGCAAAUUUGGAGGCUCACUUGUCAGAACCGAACACCGAAGCUGUGCCCUCCUAUUCAGUUGUACUCAACCAUCGGAGUGGGUCUGACUGAAGUUCAUUCCAGCAUCCUAGGGCCAGCUAGCAGCCUGCAGAGUUCUCCCCUUUACCUGUUCCCUGUGUUCCCAAUGUCAGUUAAGCUCAGGCACCUGGGCUGAGUGUGAGGCCAAUUCACUGAGACACUGGAGCUGGUCCCUGGCUUUUCUGACCUUGUCUGUCUCGCCCCCAAAGAGAUUAGUGUCUAGGUUACCCAAGCCUGUAGCCUCUGCUUAGUGGCCUUGCCACCCCCACAACCCGCAGGUAUAAAGCCAGGUGCCCAAGGUAGGGAAGGUAUCAAGAAUGGAGAGGCUCCAGGUAAGAUGGUAGGGCCCAGGGUACCUCCCGAUUCUAGCAGACCCCAUAGAUGGACAGCCUUGUGACCUAGGGGUUGGAGGAUGGAGAGGAAGGGGGCUCCUAACUGGUGGACGUCAAGUAAGAGAAAUAGAUUUGAUGGCGGGUGAUGGGUCUUGAUGGACAGUUUCUCUAUUAUACUGAGCGGCUCCAGAACCUGGAAUGCAAAAGCCAGGUCAGGGAUAGAAUGAGACACUGGCUAUGUCCCAGGGGCUGCUGCUGUGGCUGCUGCUGAGCCCAAGUGUGGUGUGGGCCUCCAGGGGCCCCCUUCGGCCACUGUGCCGGCCUGUCAACGCAACCCUGGCUGCAGAGAAUGAGUUCUGCCCAGUCUGCAUCACCUUCACCACCAGCAUCUGUGCCGGCUACUGUCCUAGCAUGGUGAGCUGACCAAAUGGGUAUGGACAUCACUUCCGCCCUACAGUGCUGCUAGCAGUCCUACAGGUGGGGGCAGUGGGGUACAGGGAGAUGGCACCUGGGCAGGGAUCACAGCUACUGUGGGGGCAGGACCAGGUGGGCAUUCUGCCUAGAAUGGCUGCAGGGGGUGGGGAGGGGGCGCAGCACAGGGGAGGGACACUCAGAUGAGGACUUUCUCCACCCUGCACUCAGGUUCGAGUACUGCCAGCUGCCUUGCCUCCCGUGCCUCAGCCAGUGUGCACCUACCGUGAGCUGCGCUUCGCCUCUGUCCGCCUCCCUGGCUGCCCACCUGGUGUAGACCCCAUAGUCUCCUUUCCUGUGGCCCUCAGCUGCCGCUGUGGGCCCUGCCGUCUCAGUAGCUCUGACUGUGGGGGUCCCAGGACUCAACCAAUGACCUGUGACCUUCCCCACCUCCCCGGCCUUCUCCUCUUCUGAUGCCCACCCACUAACUCCCCAUUCUUCUGGAGCCAGCAGGUGUUCUAACCAUCCCUCCCAAUAAAGGCUUUACAACUGCA